UGGCGCAUGCGUGGUUGCUAAACCUGGCAGCAACAUGGACGACGAGGAGGAAACCUAUCGGCUGUGGAAGAUCCGCAAGACUAUCAUGCAGCUGUGCCACGAUCGAGGCUACCUAGUGACCCAGGAUGAACUGGACCAGACACUGGAGGAGUUCAAAGCCCAGUUUGGGGACAAACCAAGCGAAGGGCGGCCACGGCGCACUGACCUUACUGUCCUGGUAGCCCACAAUGAUGACCCUACUGACCAGAUGUUUGUCUUCUUCCCAGAGGAGCCCAAGGUCGGGAUCAAGACCAUCAAGGUGUACUGCCAGCGCAUGCAGGAGGAGAACAUCACACGGGCGCUCAUCGUGGUGCAGCAGGGGAUGACGCCCUCUGCCAAGCAGUCUCUGGUGGACAUGGCUCCCAAGUACAUCCUGGAGCAGUUCUUACAGCAGGAGCUGCUCAUCAACAUCACGGAGCAUGAGCUGGUCCCGGAGCACGUGGUCAUGACCAAGGAGGAGGUGACAGAACUUCUGGCUCGAUAUAAACUUCGAGAAAACCAGCUGCCCAGGAUCCAGGCUGGGGACCCUGUGGCCCGCUACUUUGGGAUAAAGCGAGGGCAGGUGGUGAAGAUCAUCCGGCCCAGCGAGACAGCAGGCAGGUACAUCACUUACCGCCUGGUGCAGUAGCGGCGCCCCAUCAGCCUCCAAAAUGGAUGGGACAGAUGGAUGUGAGCUCUGUCUCCUCCAAGAUGGAUGCCCCCACCUGCUCUGGAGGGAUCUGCCUGCACCUCCCUCCCAUCGUGGCUACCACCUCCUUUUACGUGUCCUGGGGUGAGGGUGUCUGUGGCCCACUGGGGCCGGAGGCCAGCUGGUGUUCAACAGUAGCCCCAGGACCUUGUACAGGCCAGCGCUGGCUCCACAGGCUGAACCCACAGGGAAGCUCCCUGACCCGGGUGGCCUUGGAGCUCACGGUGAAUCAGCCUCCAUGUGUGCCUGGGCUGGGAUGUACACCUCACUUGGAGUUCAACCACCAGAGAACGUUUCAUGUUUGAAAAAUGAAAACUAUUUUGUGUAAAUAAAAGUUUGAAAAGCCA